AAAGAUGCUCUAACAGGAAGCGGGUUAAGGAGCUGCACAGCUUCCUGCCCCCCAGGGCUGUGGGGCCAGAAGGGCGAGUGCCAGGUCGGCCACGAGACGCAGCUUCUUGCCGGGGUCCUGGCAGCUUCCUCUUCCAUAGCCACUUCCGUGCGUCUAGGGCCCCAGAGGCAGGAGCUGCUACCCGUGGCCAGGCCACCCUCCACCCCUAGUUGGGAGCCCUGCCCCCUGGGGCCGGGCCAAGCCCAGAGGCUGGCUUGGGAUCCCAUGGGGGACUGGUAGAGGGCAAAGGUCCUGGGGGACAGAGGCAGCUGGGCCAGAGCCCUGGGGCUCCAGCCAUGAAGUCUCGGCAGAAAGGAAAGAAGAAGGGCAGCUCGAAGGAGCGGGUGUUUGGGUGUGAUCUCCAGGAGCACCUGCAGCACUCGGGCCAGGAGGUGCCCCAGGUGCUAAGGAGCUGUGCAGAGUUUGUGGAGGAGCACGGAGUGGUGGACGGCAUCUACCGCCUCUCAGGGGUCUCCUCCAACAUCCAGAAGCUCCGGAGUUCGAGGCUGAGCGGAAGCCAGACCUGCGGCGAGACGUGUACCUGCAGGACAUCCACUGCGUGUCUUCGCUGUGCAAGGCCUACUUCAGGGAGCUGCCCGACCCCCUGCUCACCUACCGGCUCUACGACAAAUUCGCUGAGGCUGUGGCAGUGCAGCUGGAGCCCGAGCGCUUGGUCAAGAUCCUAGAAGUGCUUCGGGAACUCCCCGUCCCAAACUACAGGACCCUGGAGUUCCUCAUGCGUCACCUGGUGCACAUGGCCUCAUUCAGCGCUCAGACCAACAUGCACGCACGCAACCUGGCCAUCGUGUGGGCUCCCAACCUGCUGAGGUCUAAGGAUAUAGAGGCUUCAGGCUUCAAUGGGACGGCGGCCUUCAUGGAGGUGCGUGUGCAGUCCAUCGUGGUCGAGUUCAUCCUCACGCACGUGAAGCAGCUCUUUGGGGGUCCUGCCCUCUUGAGCGGUGAGAUGGAUAUCGGAUGGCGGUCCCUUCCAGGGGCCCGGGCGUCGGGCAGCCCUGAGGACCUUAUGCCCAGGUCCCUGCCCUACCAGCUGCCGAGCGUCCUGCAGGCUGGGGAUGGGCCUCCACAGAUUCGGCCCUACCACACUAUCAUCGAGAUCGCCGAACACAAGAGGAAAGGGUCUUUGAAGGUCCGGAAAUGGAGAUCGAUCUUCAAUCUGGGUCGCUCUGGCCAUGAGACCAAGCGUAAACUUCCGCGGGGGGCUGAGGACAGGGAUGACAAAUCCGAUAAGGGGACUCUGCGGCCAGCCAAGAGCAUGGACUCACUGAGUGCUAUGGCUGCGGCCGGUGAUGAGCCAGAGGGGCUGGUGGGAGCCAGCAGCCCCCGGCCAAGCCCGCUGCUGCCUGAGAGCUUGGAGAGUGAGUCUGUGGAGGCAGCAGACGGUGAGCCAGAGCCGGACGCAGAGGCCCCGGGCAGCAGCAACUCUGAGCCCGGCACGCCGCGAGCGGGGCGGUCAGCGAUCCGUGCUGCAGGCAGCAGCCGUGCGGAGCGCUGUGCUGGUGUCCACAUCUCAGACCCCUACAACGUCAACCUCCCGCUGCACAUCAGCUCCAUCCUCAGCGUGCCCCCAAACAUCAUCUCCAACGUCGCCCUGGCCAGGCUCACCCGCGGCCUGGAGUGCCCUGCCCUGCAGCCCCGGCCAAGCCCUGCCUCUGGCCCCGGCCCCGGCCCCGGCCUUGGCCCUGGGCCCCCAGACGAGAAGUCAGAUGCCAGUCCUGCCCCAAGCCCCCUGGCUGGCUCAGACCCAGAGGACGUGGCCGCGGGACUGGAGGACUGCCUGUCUCAGGAGGUGCAGGACUCCUUCUCCUUCCUCGAGGACUCAAGCAGCUCAGAGCCCGAGUGGGUGGGGGCGGAGGAUGGAGCGGCAGCCAAGGCAGGAACUACAGCAGCAGCCUUCUCCCCCGGGGAGGACGAUCCUGGGAUGAGCUACCUGGAGGAGCUCCUGGGAGCUGGGCCUCAGGUGGAGGAGUUCUCUGUGGAGCCGCCCCUGGAUGACCUGUCGCUGGAUGAGGCACAGUUUGUCCUCGCUCCCAGCUGCUGUCCCCUGGACUCUGCUGGCCCCGGGCCUGAAGCAGAGGAGGAAAAUGGGGAGGAAGUCUUUCUGAGUGCCUACGAUGACCUAAGUCCCCUUCUGGGGGCCAAAACGCUGGCCUGGGAGGGUCCCGGCAGUCUGGAGGACGAGGCCACAGGGUGCAGGACUCAGGAGGCUCCAGGGCAGGCUGAGGGACGGCAGGCACACGGGGAAGUUGGGGACGACAAGGAGGCUGAGCCUGGCAGCAGGUGGGACGUCAGGGAGGAGGCUGAGGGGAGCCCAGAGAGGGAGCUAGAGGCUGCAGAGGCAGGUGAGGACGGAGGGGAGGCUGGGGGAAGCCGGGAGGUGAUGGUCAGUCUGAGUGGGAAAGACACAGAGGCCAUGGGCGAGGAGCCCAAGGGUCAGCAGGAGGAGGAGAGUCUGGAGGAAGCUAAGGGUGUGGAGGACACAGGAGGGGAGCAGGGGAAACACCAGAAGGAAAGGAAGACUGAGCGAGAGGAAGAGGCUGAGGAAGGAGAGGAAGCCCAGGUAGAAGCUGAAAGGGACCCAGAGCUCGAGGCCCCGGAGGACAGAGGUGCUGAUGACAGCCAGGGAGCUGGACACAAACAAGAGGCUGAGGGAGGCAGAGAGGACGAGGAAGAAGUCAAAGGACAGAGGGAGAAUGGGGACCAAGGGGCAAGAGAAGACGAAGGAGAUGGUGAAGACGGCAGAAGUGCAGACGAAUCAGCUGAAGGAGGAGUGGGGCAGGUCAGCAAGGAACGGGAGAGUGGAGACGGAGAGGCGGAGGGAGACCAGAUGGCUGGAGGAGAACAUUUAGAAGACGACUUCCUCUUUGAAGGGCCUUGUGGAGAGUCCCUGGAGGUUGACGGUGCCAAAGAGGGCAACGCCCAGCCCUCUGAGAUGGAGCGGGCAGCCCCACAGCCACCUCGGCCCGAGGAGAUGGAGCCUGAGGGGCAGCCCAGUCCGGAGGGUUGCAGCCUGCGGCCCUGUCUCCUGGGCCCAGCCGGUGGUGUGAGCAUGCGCCUGGCUGCCACCCUGGUUCAGGUCCAACAGGUGCGCUCCGUGCCAGUGGUGCCCCCUAAGCCACAGUUUGCCAAGAUGCCCAGUGCAAUGUGUAGUAAGAUCCACGUGGCUCCUGCAAACCCAUGCCCGAGGCCUGGCCGGCUAGACGGGACUCCUGGGGAGAGGGCUUGGGGGUCCAGAGCCUCCCGCACCUCCUGGAGGAACGGGGGCAGUCUUUCCUUUGAUGCUGCUGUGGCCCUGGCCCGAGACCGACAGAGGACUGAGGCCCAGGGAGUUCGGCGGACCCAGACCUGUACUGGGGGAGAGGACUACAGCGUCCUCCCCAGAACCUCCCCCUGUAGCGUGACCCCUGCCCAUUUCCUUCGGCCCCUUAGCUGCUUGGAGCUCCCAUCUGAAGGCACAGAAGGGUCUGGAUCCCGGAGUCGGCUUAGCCUGCCCCCCAGAGAAGCCCAGCCCCCUCACCCCUUUCUGCCCCCACAGCGUCGAACUUAUGCAUUUGAGACACAGGCCAGCCCUGAGAAAGGCGAGGGACUGUGACGGCCAGAGCACUGGGCAAAGGGGACAGUAGUUGUCCUGAAUCUAUGGGUCCCUGACCAGCUGUGACUUCUGCAGCCUGAGCAGCUGUGGAGCCCACCUCUAUGGGUGCCGGCCCUCUAGCUUCUCUCUGACUGUGGGAGGCACUGCCUCGGUUGGUUUGCCUGAACUUGGCUCAGACACAAAGCGCUUAUUCCUUAGGAGAUCCCCAAGAAAAGGUCCUGUUCCUAGGGAGUGAGGUCACUGGCCAGAGGGAAGAAAGAGCAGGCAGAACACUUAAGAGGCUUCUCAAAGUGAAGACUGAAGGGGGAACUCCAGCCAUGUUUCUGCCUCCUCUGAGGCUGUGAACUUCUCUCCGUGGAAGCCCCCAGCGUGGGGGUGGGGAACAGGGCCAGCUCCGAGCCUUUCACACACAAACACUUGUAGGGUUGCUCAGCUUGUUCUGUUCUUGGACCCUGUAUCCCUGCUGGCCCUCUUAGUCCCUGAGUAGGAGUGACUCCAGCAGGCUCUUUGAAGACCUCGGUGUUUGCUGGAGGGACUGGCUCCCUGUCUAUCCCCUUCCACCCCUGCCUCUGUCCCUUGAAAGAAGAGGCCUGUCUGGCAUCUCCUUUUUCCUUUGGAGUCAUUUCCUUCUAUUCCAGGGAAGGGGAAUUGCUUCCCCAGGCAGGCUGGGGCCUCCAGUCCCAUUCUAAGGACAGGGUGACGGUUCAGAAUACAAGUUGUAUUUUUACAUGGAAACAGUGUGGAAUUUCAUUAUUCUUAUGCGAGUCUCGGGGGAUAGGUAUGACAAUUUCAUAGUUUGGCCAAUUGUUGUCGUCCUGUUGUUCGUGAGCUCUUCCUCAGUUGCCAUGGAGACCUGUGGCUAGAAACCAGAGCUGGGUUCUUGGCGGUCAGGAGAUGGGGAAGAGAAACCUGCGUUUACAUAACGUUCCCCACGCGCCAGUGAAGGCUGGGUCUCCGGUGCGCACGGAGUCUCUGCCCUCGGCUGUAUGUAGCUCUGUCGGGUGGGGACUGGCCUCUCCAUUGUAGUCGAGGAAACUAACGCUAACGAAGCCCAAAGGCCUGCCAGCGGUGUGGGCGGUAACGCGCGGCAGACGCGGCUGGGACCCGUGGAGUCCGGCUCCGCUCGUCCCGUCACGCCGCGCUCCUCCGAACCCGACGGGGGCAGGGCGGGUGCUGACCGACGAGGACGGGAAACGAGGUCCCCGUCACUGGCUUGAGCCUGAAAAGCUGGGGGCCCGGGGACGGGGGUGUUUGUGUGCAGCGGUCAGGCCUGAGCGCGCCCAGCCACGUCCUGGCCUCCAGCAGGAAACACUGCACGUCGUGCCCCGAUUCCCCCUUGGCCGCCCGGGCGGCCUCGGUAAGGACGGCGCGGCGGCCACGCCCGUGCCCACAUCUCUGCGGGCCUCACUCCCUCUCCCGGAACUGAACGAAACGGCUGCGUCCAACAGGAAGAGCGGAGCACAGUUAGGCGGCUCCCUCCAGCUGUCGCCGAAAGUGCAG